CCUGAAUGGUCAUUAUCAUCCAAAUCGGUUGGGCGCGCGAUGUUUGUUUUUCCCCAACUUGCGUCGCUACUAAUGCAAGCCUUCCUCCACCAACAAAUUCUGCUUCGUAAACGCAUCCCACCGAUCUCGUUAUCCUGGCCUUAUAACAGACUCCUUAACUAUUCUCUCACUGAAGGGUCCCUCCUCCUAUCCCCGCAGACCCCCCUUCGAUGCGCACGACGCCAUAGGUUUUGUUUUGGUUAUCACUCAACAAGCCGGUUAUCAUUUCUGAGAUUAAAGACGAUAAUGGGCUUAAUUCGUGCCUGAAGGCGGAUGCCCAGAUGCGCCAACGGUGCGGUGAGUUGCUUCGCCGUUGCCCCGUCCCCCACAUGUAUGGGUUGAGCCUGCUUGGGACCCUUUGCAUUUAUUGUGGCCACAGGGACACGGGUGAUAUUAAUUACCCUUGCUUGGUCGACCACCCCAGUGUAGAUUGUGCUCUACCACCCGACUUCUUUGAGGGGAAGUGGGAUUUAGACAUCUUGUCUCCGGCUGGAUGCAGGAGAUUGUUGUAUACGUCAAGGCCAAAGUAUUCCAUUGGCAUGUGGUUGCUGGGGCCGAAAGCGAGGAGGCCGCUGGGCGCUAAUGUUCAUUCUGUGGUCAGCGAGCUUGAGAAUGACAAUUCCAGGCCAGUUUUGGAUGCAACCGCCGGUUCCUGUCGUCAUCCUUCUCAAGUCCAUCACUUAGACCGUCGUUCAUGUGCGAAGUUGCACCGCCGCUGCCGUAUCUCCAUUUAAUUGAAGCACCGGCAGUGUUAAACUAGUAGACCACCUCAGUGACGGUUGUGACGGCAGUGCGCUUAGUGGAGCGACGAAGACUACCGAGCGAAAGCUGACCAGGAUGGACAGUUAUCGACAAUUCGGCGGUCAUGAGAUUCUGGUACCCGAAGGAUUCCGAAGAAGUACUCGUCCAACCCCGGAUGUUCUCAGUAGACGCAGUCGACAUUACAUAAUAUUAGGAUGCUAUACUUGCGCAUACCCUGAUGCAAUUGACCCGUACAGUGACC